CGGCCACCAGCUUUGACCGCCUCCCCUCCCCUCCGCUCCUGUUCCUCCAUACCCCACCCCCCCGCAGGAGCGGCGCGGCGGCGGCGGCGGCAAAGCCAAAGGCAAGAUGUUCGGGCGCGCGCCGAAGAAGAGCGACAACACCAAGUACUACGAGAUCCUCGGGGUGCCCAAGUCGGCGUCCCAGGACGACCUCAAGAAGGCCUACCGCAAGGCAGCUAUCAAGAACCACCCCGACAAGGGCGGUGACCCCGAGAAGUUCAAGGAGCUCGCACAAGCCUAUGAGGUUUUGAGUGAUCCAGAGAAACGUGAGAUUUAUGAUCAGUAUGGUGAAGAUGCCCUUAAGGAAGGAAUGGGUGGUGGUGGGUCCCAUGCUGAUCCAUUUGACAUUUUCUCAUCAUUCUUUGGACCCUCUUUUGGAGGAGGUGGUGGAAGCAGCAGGGGAAGAAGGCAAAGGAGGGGAGAAGAUGUAGUCCACUCACUUAAAGUUUCUCUGGAAGAUCUUUACAAUGGAAUCUCAAAGAAGCUCUCUCUUUCGCGCAAUGUCAUCUGCUCCAAGUGCAAGGGCAAGGGCUCGAAGUCUGGUGCUUCAAUGAGGUGCCCUGGGUGCCAGGGCUCAGGUAUGAAAGUCACCAUUCGUCAGCUGGGGCCUUCCAUGAUACAGCAGAUGCAGCAGCCUUGCAACGAGUGCAAGGGGACUGGGGAGAGCAUCAACGAGAAGGACCGCUGCCCAGGGUGCAAGGGUGAGAAGGUCGUUCAGGAGAAGAAGGUUCUUGAGGUUCAUGUUGAGAAGGGAAUGCAACACAGCCAGAAGAUCACCUUCCCUGGUGAAGCUGAUGAAGCGCCUGAUACCGUCACUGGAGACAUUGUAUUCGUCCUCCAGCAGAAGGACCACUCCAAGUUCAAAAGAAAGGGUGAAGAUCUCUUUUAUGAGCACACCCUGUCUCUGACCGAAGCUCUAUGUGGGUUCCAAUUUGUUCUUACACACCUGGACAACAGGCAGCUUCUGAUCAAAUCAAACCCCGGCGAAGUUGUUAAACCUGACCAAUUCAAGGCGAUAAAUGACGAGGGGAUGCCUAUUUACCAGAGGCCCUUCAUGAAGGGGAAGCUCUACAUUCAUUUCACGGUGGAGUUCCCCGACUCGCUGGCACCAGAGCAGUGCAAGGCUCUCGAGUCGGUACUUCCGCCAAAGCCUUCGUCCAAGCUGACAGACAUGGAGAUAGAUGAAUGCGAGGAGACAACCAUGCAUGAUGUGAACAACAUCGAGGAAGAGAUGCGCAGGAAGCAGGCUCAUGCUGCUCAGGAGGCGUACGAGGAGGACGACGAGAUGCCUGGCGGAGCCCAAAGAGUGCAGUGCGCUCAACAGUAAGCAGACUACCAAAAUGGGAUUCAAGGCACUUUGGUUGCUCUUCAAUUAUGCGAGUGCGCCUGUGGACUGUAUGGUUCUAUGGUUUUGCUGUCGCUGAGCUACAAAGUAGGAAGCUGAUGCGCCCCUGGCUCUGCAAGCGGGGGAAUGUAUCCUUUUUUGCUGCAACUGAAAAAUGCUACCCAGGCAAUAGCUGGCUACCUUAUAACUUUUGCUUGUGAGAUUUGCUAGAGUGACGAUUUUAAUUUGUAGGUGGACUUAAUGUUUGUGUAAGGCUAGGCAUAACAUCAUGUCUCAAUGGACGUUGCCGUUGCACAUUGGUGCAUUUUAUUUUAAUGUAACGCAUGUGCUUGUGCUGUCGAACAA